AUGGCCGACAACGACGAGCACCGCCUGACGGACGGCGUGUCUGUGGAGACGAUCAAGGCCUUCCUCGCAGACCUGAAGAGUGAGUUCCCCAACACGUACACUGAGAUGACAACGGAGGAUGCCUGCAAGCAGUUCGUUGUGCCACGCACACAGCAGGACAACUGCGCUUACGUCGACCUCUUGCGCAAGCAAUCGCCUGAAAGGGUGGGCAAGGCCACCGUGUUUGUGUCGCACGCAUGGCGGUACAAGAUCGCAGACGUGCUCAACGUGUUGCUCGAGUUUGCAGAGGAGCAAGCACGGAAGGAUGGCGGCCAGCCAGUGUUCUUCUGGUUUGACCUCUUCAUGAACAACCAAAACGCCAACGUUACGGCCAACCUCCCACAAGAGUGGUGGAGCACGACGUUCAAGGAGUCCAUUGCCAACAUUGGACGCGUGCUGCUGGUGUUGAUGCCGUGGCGUGACCCCGUGCCACUGACGCGUGCCUGGUGCCUGUGGGAGAUCUUCUGCGGCAUCAGCAACGAGGGCACAGAGGUCAACAUCCGUCUACCCAAGGCCGAGGAGAAGGCACUGGAACAGGCCAUCCGUGACGACUACGAGGCCGUCAUGGAUACGCUUGUGCGCGUGCAGGCUCAGCGGGCCGAGGCCUUCAACUCACGCGACAAGGACAUGAUCUUUGAGGCCAUUCAGAACGGCGUAGGCUUUGCAGCGCUCAACCAGGCCGUGAAGGACCAGCUGCGCGAGUGGUGCCUGGAAAAGGCGGUGGCUGCGGUGGAGGCGAUGCAGACACGGGGCGAGGGCAACACAGACGCCUUUGCAGCGCUGUGCAGCCAAGUUGGCAUUGUGCUGAACACAUUUGGCGAGCUUGACCAGGCCAUUGCCUUCUAUGAGAAGGCAGAGGCGGUUUACGCGCAGGCACCGGGGAAAGAGCGCCCCGAAAUGGCACAGACGUACGGCAACUUGGGCAACGCGUAUCGCAGGAAAGGCGAGCAGGGCAAGGCGAUUGCGUGUUAUGAAAAGGCGAUUGUGAUAUUCGUACAGACGCUGGGGGAAGAGGAUCUGAACACGGCACAGACGUACGGCAACCUGGCCAAUGCAUACGGAGACAUGGGCGACUAUGACAAGGCGAUUGCAUGCGCCGAGAAACACCUCGCCGCCAUGGUGAAGCAGAAGGGGGAGGACCACCCUGACACGGCAGACGUGUUUGUGAACCUUGGUGUCACGUACAAUGACAAGGGCGACCACGACAAGGCGAUUGCAUAUGGCGAGAAGGCCAACGCGAUCUACGUGCGCACGCUGGGGGAAGAGCACCCUGACACCGCAAACACGUACGUGAACCUCGGCCUGGCGUUCAAGAACAAGGGGGAGUACGACAAGGCGAUUGCGAGCUUGGAGAAGGCAAGGCAGAUCUUCGUUCAGACGCUGGGCGACGAGCACCCGAGCACCGCAGCCACGUACAUGAACCUGGGCCACGCAUACGAUAGCAGCGGCGACUCCAGCAUGGCGAUUGCACACUUUGAAAAGGCGAAGGAGAUUUGGCUAAGGACGGUGGGGGAGAGGCAUUCGCGCACAGCUGACACCUGCAAGCACCUGGGCAACGCAUACGACAGCAUCGGCGAGUACGCCAGGGCCAUUGAGUGCUACAAGAUGGCGAAGGAGGCGUACGUGGAGACGCGGGGGGAAAGUCAUCCGGACACAGCAAGCGUCUACGGAAGCCUGGGCAGCGCGUACCGAGAGAAGGGGGAGUACGACAAGGCGAUUGCACAUUUGGAGAAGGCGAAAGAGGUUUUCACAGCGACGCUGGGAAGCAGCAGCCCAGCCACUGCGGCCGUUUCCAUGAACCUGGGCAUAGCCUACAGUGACAGUGGUGAUCGAGAACAGGCGUGCGCACACAUCGAGCACGCCCUGGAAGUGUUUACGGCCACCCUCGGGCCAGACCAUCCAAACACGCGCCAAGCCGCGUACAGCCUGCAACAGGUGCGCAGUGGAGGCGCCAUGUCCAGCCACGACUGUGCAACGCUGGUGUUGUGCAGCCCAUGCAUUCUCGUUGCCUUUCCCUUUGUGUGCAUCUAUCGCUGUGCACAGCACAUGUGCACGUGCGGUCGUGGCGGGGAGAGGGGGGAGUGA